UCUGCCUGUCUGUUGCAUUUCAUUCUCUCCUGCAAAGUCCUCAUCAUCUCAGUGCCUGAGAUCUGACAGGAGACAGACAAACAUGGACCACAGACUCCUCCUGGCACCUUCAGCGCUGUCAGAAUGCUGCUGUGGUUGCUGAUGCUUCAGAGACACAGACUUCUCAGCCAAUGUGUGCGUGAGGGACCAGAAGGUGCUAUCAUGCGCCCAGUUGUGGUACAUUGGGGCUGAUACCAGCCAAGAACACGAAACCCCUCAGUGAGGGGAGUCUCCUGGCAAACAAUGGAUAGACUGCACCCCUCUAUGAGGAAGCGUCUGUAUAGUCUCCCUCAACACAUUGGAUCCAAAGCUUCUAUAAUGGAUGAAGAAGAAGGUGAAGAGAGGGACACCUGGAAAAAGAGCAUUAAGCUCAAACCACUACCCUCACCUUCUGCUCUAAGGCGCCUUGACCCUCGACCUGCAUCUAAGGAUUCUCACCUAGUUAUGGAAACUGAGGUGGGAAAAGCUCAUAGAACAAGUAGCAAUGGAGACUGCAGGAGGUUUACUGGCAGUCUGUCCUCCAUUGCCAGCUGUGGCAGGCACCUUCAUGAUUCCGAUCCCAGUGAAGGAAGAAGGCUUAUAUCUGAGGGGGACAUUAGCCCCACUGAAGAGAAGUCUCCUACCUUGGAUCCAACUCCAGGUGAUCCAGGCGUAGGCCGCUCCCAAACAGCUCAGGCAGACGCCCAACCUUGGAUCAGUGACCGGCAUAGCAGUUCGGUAAAGGUGGAGGGAAGAGAGCAGACUUUGUCCGGAGGGGAUGAUGACCAGAACAGUUUUAUGCACAGACAGUUUGGGGCACUUUUGCAGCCUGGGGUGAACAAGUUCUCCUUGCGGAUGUUUGGCAGUCAGAAAGCAGUAGAAAGGGAACAGGAUCGAGUGAAGUCUGCGGGGUUUUGGAUUAUUCAUCCAUACAGUGACUUCAGAUUCUACUGGGACCUCACCAUGUUGCUUCUGAUGGUAGGUAACCUCAUCAUCAUUCCAGUGGGCAUCACCUUCUUCAAGGAAGAGAACACACCUGCCUGGAUUGUCUUUAAUGUGGUAUCCGAUACUUUUUUUCUUGUGGACCUGGUGCUCAACUUCCGCACGGGCAUCGUAGUGGAGGACAAUACAGAAAUCAUCCUGGAGCCACAGCGUAUCAAAAUUCGAUACUUGAAGAGUUGGUUUCUUGUUGAUUUCAUCUCAUCCAUCCCUGUGGACUACAUCUUCCUUAUUGUAGAGACACGCAUUGACUCAGAGGUAUACAAGACCGCCAGGGCCCUAAGAAUUGUCCGUUUCACUAAAGUGCUCAGCUUAUUACGGCUACUAAGACUUUCAAGGCUUAUUCGUUACAUUCACCAAUGGGAGGAGAUCUUUCACAUGACCUAUGACCUGGCGAGUGCUGUGGUGCGUAUUGUGAAUCUGAUUGGAAUGAUGCUGCUUCUAUGCCACUGGGAUGGCUGCUUGCAGUUCUUGGUACCAAUGCUGCAAGAGUUCCCCGAUGACUGCUGGGUAUCUUUAAAUCAUAUGCAGAAUGCCUCAUGGGGGAAGCAAUAUUCGUAUGCCCUUUUCAAGGCCAUGAGUCACAUGUUGUGCAUCGGGUACGGGCAACAGGCACCAGUGGGCAUGUCAGAUGUCUGGCUCACCAUGCUCAGCAUGAUUGUAGGUGCCACGUGCUAUGCCAUGUUCAUCGGACAUGCUACUGCCCUCAUCCAAUCCCUGGAUUCUUCACGACGCCAGUAUCAAGAAAAGUAUAAGCAGGUGGAGCAGUAUAUGUCGUUUCACAAACUCCCAGCCGACAUGCGCCAGCGGAUCCAUGACUACUAUGAGCAUCGAUACCAAGGGAAGAUGUUUGAUGAAGAAAGUAUUCUGGGGGAGCUGAGUGAACCUUUGAGAGAGGAAAUCAUUAACUUUAAUUGCCGAAAACUAGUGGCAUCGAUGCCACUGUUUGCCAAUGCUGAUCCAAAUUUUGUGACCUCAAUGCUUACGAAGCUACGAUUUGAGGUUUUCCAACCCGGGGACUUCUUAAUCCGAGAAGGGACCGUGGGAAAGAAGAUGUUCUUCAUACAGCAUGGUGUUGUCAGUAUCUUGAGCAAGGGCAGCAAAGAGACUAAGCUUGCAGAUGGUUCCUACUUCGGAGAGAUCUGCCUGUUGACACGAGGUCGCCGCACAGCAAGUGUGAGGGCCGACACAUACUGCCGACUGUACUCUCUGAGCGUCGAUCAUUUCAACGAGGUGCUGGAGGAAUACCCCAUGAUGAGGCGUGCCUUUGAGAGUGUUGCACUAGAUAGACUGGAUAGAAUCGGUAAAAAGAACUCUAUUCUCCUGCAUAAAGUGCAGCAUGACCUCCGCUCUGGGGUACUAAACUACCAGGAAAACGAGAUCAUACAGCAGAUUGUGCAACAUGACCGUGAGAUGGCGCAAGGACCUCGUUGCACCCAAACAGAAGAGGACACUUCAGCAACACCACCAACUCCAGUUAUCUGGACACCGCUUGUACAGGCACCUCUACAGGCUGCAGCUGCCACCACAUCAGUGGCCAUUCCUCUUACCCAGCAGCGACUACCUGCUACUAUAUUUCGACCUCCACCAUCUGCUCUAGGUGCCACAGCACGUGGAUUUCGUCACCUUCAAAGAGCCCAAAUUUCCACACACCCACCAGGUGCAGAACUGACACUGCUGCAGCAGUCUUCUUUUCAUGUGCACCAGCUAGCAGGCUUUUCUGCGGUGGGUUGUGUAAGUCCAAGACCCCCACUUUCUAUGCCAGGUGUGGAAAGAAGGGCAUCACAGCAGCCAGGCCCUUCCUGCACUCCACCAACUGCAUUUGAGUCUACAAAGUGGCCACCAAGAGCAGACACCACUCUUACUUCCUUUAAACAAGGACUAUCACAAUCAUACCAGCAACUCCCUUCUCCCUCUCCUGGACAAUGUCAGGGUGUCAAUACACAGCUACCAGGUCCCACUAUACCUGGAGGUUCAGAGCCCCUAUGGGUGUUACCCCCUCCAGGACAGAAAUCAGACUCUGUUGGGAGCUCUCCCUCCACUCUUAGUCCUGGCCUUGUCCGGACCAUUCAGGUUUGCGGUUCUUCGCGAUCUCUUCUCCUUCCACAAACUGCUGCAAUUUCCCCUCAUCCAAGCAGCUGUGUUUCCCUUCCCCUUAACAGGCUCAGGCAAGAUGGACGGCCCAUCUCUGUGUCACAGCCCUCCUUACCCCAGCCAGCACCAGGUUCCCCUCAUUUUCCACAGCAAUUCACACCCGACUUCACCUUGCUCCCUAGGGUUGGCAGCUCAGAAUUAUCACGCCAUGUGACUUUACCACGAAAAGGGUCCUCAGAAUUAGGUUUUGGUGUAAGGGGCGCUAGUGGAGAAGAUCUACCUGUGUACUCUAAACUCCCUUCUAAUCUAUGACCAUGAUCAUUGCUAAAGAUCUGCAGAAUAACAAUGCCAUGUCCCAGCCACAUACCUGCGCAAACUUAUUGUAUUAACGCACCCUGGAAAUCUAAAGAGUGCUCUAAUGUUCCAGUGAGGAAAAUCAGGAGGAAUGUGAGCACAUAUUUUGUAGUAAAAUUGGACUAUAAAUAAAUACAGACAAUUAUUUUAAACCAACAAAGCAAGUUUAUACAUGCUGAAAAGCGUACACAAAGUGUGACAUUGCAUUGGUUCCUGAAUUCAGUCCCCAGUUCCCUCCCUACAGGAGCUGGAUCACAAGAUUGCCUUAUAUCUACAGGGAAAGGUGCACCAUUGAGUUAGGUGAACCAGUAAGGGAGAUAGAUGGUACUUGAAUACAUGUCAAGUGCAAUCAGCUACUGCCCCAGCAAAUCGGCAGAGUAAAUUCACUAUAUGAUAAACAGAUUUAACUGUUGUUCAGUCGUAAUUUGGGAAACAUGCUACACGCCUUUAACUAUAAUUAAGGGAAAUUAUGCAAAUUUAUCUGAGAAAAAGAAAAUCCUCAUUUGGUCACUAUUCUUUUUUCCAGUAUUAUCCUUUUGAAGACAGGUUGACUUGCCAAAAUCAUUAUGAAAUGUAGGUCAGCUUGCCAAGUGAAAUAAUACUUAAAGCAGCUCUAUCACUUUCCUGGUUUUUACGUUUAAACUAAUCAUUUUUUUUGUUCCUCUAUUUAUCCUUGUUUUUAUUUAUUUGAAAUCCACCUUUGUUUUUUUAGUUAUGUACAAGAAUUAGUAGCAAAUACUUUGUUUCUUACAGGGAGUGUGAUUUUUGGCAUUUUUUUGCAACGGGAGGAGCUUA